UUUUGUCUAUCAUAUACGUGAGAGAAUUUUUGCUAGAUCUGGUUAUAAGCUGAACAACGUAAUGUCUGCCUUCGUGUGGUCAAGAAGUUUGAUGAAUGAGGUUAACCAAACAAUAACAGAACCAGCUUGUGUCCUGAGCGAUGAAGCUUUUCCAUUUCAUGACUUUGCACCAACAUUAGCCCAAUGUUUUUUCAUUGUAAUUACAGGCUACUUGGUGGCUAAAUUCCAGCUUCUGUCGGCGGCCGAUCUCAGAGGAGUGAAUGCAUUUAUUGCCUACAUCGGCAUGCCUGGCAUCAUAUGCAUGACCUUAGCAGAUGCAGAUUUCGACGACCUGCGGUGGGAAUUAAUUCUAGGAUUGUUCCUUGGGAAAUUAUUCAUCUUUGUCUUAGUAGCCGGCCUUUCCUUAAAAAUCAAUGGAAAUGUUGGCGUUGCAGGACUACUGGCAAUUUUCUGUGUACACAGCAACGAUCUUCCAGUUGGAAACCCACUAAUGUCCGCCCUUUAUAAAGACCACAGGCCGCAGAUGACGAAAUACCUUUUCAUGAUGCCAGUCAUGACGAUGAUAUUUUUUGUUCCUAUUGGAACUUUCAUGCUGGAAAUCCAUAAAUCCAAGCAAUCGCGAGAACAGCAGGAAAAUAACAUAGUUUCCUCCCGCAGCUGCAUAAAAUGGUCAGAGAUAGUGACCAAGAAAGAAGUAUCAUCCAUAUUUCAGAGCUUGUUAAAGUCAAGUCCUGUCAUAAUAUCAUCUGUAUUAGGAGUUAUUUUGAAUUUCUCAUUUAAAAGCAAGAUGCCAGCAGUGUUGCACCACCCUAUAAAAGUUGUUGCUGCAACUGUACCUGGUUGUGUUCUUUCUCUUCUGGGAUUUAAUAUGGUGAGAAAAGAAAGAUAUUUGAUAACCUCUGCUGUUGUUGCAGCUGCCGUUCUUCUUACCGUUAAAAUGUUUAUUACUCCUAUUGUGAUGCAUACGAUUACUAGUUUUCUCACUGAUGGGUCCAAAUCUUCUAAAAUGCUGUCAGAUUUUGCUCUGCUGUAUGGAAUAGUUUCACCAGCUACAUCCAUAUUCUUAGUAGGGCAGGAAUUCAGAAAGCCACUUGCGGCGAUGAGUGCUACCUUGAUCGUAUCGAGUUUCCUGAGUUUCCCAACGUCGUUCGUAGUUGCGAGGUUUACGAUCGCUCCAACUUGCAAACUCAGCCAUUACGUGCCCGCUUUAAAAGAUUUACUUUUCUGGGUAGCUUGUUUUAGCCUUGCAUGCGACAUUAUAGUAAUCAUUUCAAUCCUCUGUAAACGAAAGUGGAGCAAAGUACCAUAUUGUUACGUGUUAUGCCUUGUUGUUACACAAGUUUCUACAUGCUGCGGAAUUCUUCUAUGGAAGCUUAGCCAUGAACCUCAGUGGGUUGUGUUUUUCCAGAUGGCUUUGUUUUACGGAGGAGAAAUGUCAGGUCUGAUUUGGAUUGGUACCAUCGCUAUCAUUUUGCUAUCUUCUGACAGAUAUCCAGCAUUAGCACAGCGUGGAUUCACCGUCAUCUGUAUAACAACAUUCUCCAUUUGUUCAAUCAUCACUACUGUUAUGUGUGCCCUCAUUUUGUGCAAUGACAUCAAAAAAGUCUUCAUCGUGGGAAGAGCAAGAUCAAAUUUCGAAUUCUUACAGCUUUCUGCCACGACCAUUCUUCAAUUCAUUUGUUUGGUUAUCGUCGGAAUGUGCUUGCUGUUGCACUUUAAGAGAAAACACUCUGUUAAGAAACGUAACCGCACAGUAAUAGAAGAUUUAUAUAGCACUGCUUUAGAUGAAGAUUUAAGCAUUUACAAUAUGCGAGAAGGUUGGGAAAACAAACUUCAGAAGAAGGUUGGCUUUGAAAAUCCGAUAUUUUGUUUAGAAUCAGGAAAUGUGACAGCUACACAUUACAAAAGGAAGCGACCCAGCUGCAUGCCGCCCGAACUAAGCGAAAAAGACGAAGCUGAUCUGUACUAUCGAGAAAUACUGCACGAAGGACAGGACAAAUAUUCAAAUAAUAAUCGACAAUGGACCUUUCGAUUUUUUAGUCUUCUCCUGUUGUUGUUCAUAUCGACAGCAGUGAAAUUUGUUUCGAACAUAUACAAACUUGUACACAGUAUGGCUUUAGAAAUCAUGAUACCUCUGGAAUUUUUACAGUCCAUUUUAUUCAUUGGGCAGGGAUUUUUCAUCCUUUUAACAUUUGGAAUAGAUGCUCGAACUCUUUCGAUUCAGAUGACAAAAUGGUGGAGAAAGAUCCGAAAUGGGAAAGAGGAAUUCGUUCCAAAUACUUCCGAAGUGGAUAAUACAAGCGAAAUAGCACAAUUCUGCCAUCAGUUCAAUACGUACUACAUUUCAAAGUGCUUUCAAAACCUCGCUAAAAACAGAAAAUGGAAAGAUGACUUUUACAAAAAUUGCUUUUGGGGUCACCAAUUAGUCGACUGGCUUAUUCAGGAAGGUGUCGCCAAAGACGAUAUCGAAGCCGAAGAACUGGGACAGAAACUUCUCCUAGGGGGCGUCAUAAGCCACGUGACUGGUGCCCACCACUUUCACGACGCCCCUUACCUCUAUUACUUCGUCAAAAGAGAGAAGCCUUUCCAGCGAGAACUCAGCUGUACAGAUCUCUCGGAGGAACUGGAAGUAACUACAUGCAAAUAUUAGCUUAAUGUCCCAUUUGCUAGAGAGACGACUGCAACGCUCAGUCGUGUGACAAUUAGUUUUGCUGUACAUAUUUAGAGAGCUUAUUUUGUUUUUAUUAUUGUUCAAGUAACUCAUUUCUUUUUUUGUAAUAUUUGUGUUCAAAAUGAUUAAAUGUAAU